UUGCAUGGGCUGGUGUUCGAAAGAGAGGAGCGUUGUUUGUUUUCUUCAGAGAGAGAACUGAACACAGAUUCCGCCACUGGAGAAAAUCCAAAGGCACACACAUCAACUUCUUUACAUCUGAGUGCUCAUUUUAUAUCAGCCGAUUUAAAAAAAGAACAACAUUUCAGGCAGAAUCAAGACUGACAAGACAACACGAGAAGACAGGACUAAAUGGCGUCUGAGGGGUUCUUACUGGAGGAUGAUGAGCGCCGGAUCGUCCUGCUGGGAGGAAGAUGGGGCGGGAAGAGUUCUGCAGGAAACACGAUCCUGGGAGAACACCGGUUUGAUUCCGGAAGACAAAGAACAGCAACGAGCGACAGCCGCCAUGGAACAGUGUCCGGCAGGAAGCUGGUCGUGGUCGAUACGCCCGGAUGGAAAGGUUAUUUGUAUUUGAGGGAAACCACAGCGUCGGAUAAAGAACAGAUCAAACAAAGUGUAUGUAAAUGCCUUCCUGGACCCCACGCAUUCCUCCUGGUCAUUCCCCUGGAUUCGGGUUUUGACGAGGAACACAAGAGAUCACUGGUAGACCACCUGAAGCUUCUCGGUGAUAGAGUCUGGAAAUACUCCAUGGUGCUGUUCACCUGUGGGGACUGGCUGAGAGAAAAAACCAUUGAGGAGCACAUCAAGGCGGAGGGUGCUUCUCUACAGUGGCUGAUAGAGAAAUGCAGAAAUAGAUUCCAUGUUCUCUCCAAUAAGAACAAAGAAGAUCCCACUCAGGUCACACAGUUGCUGGAGAAGAUAGACGAGAUGGUGGCAGGAAACGAUGGCGGCCAUUUUGAAGUUGAUGAACGCACUCAUCAGACAAUGUUGAAAAAGAAUAGGGAGGUUAAAGCAAAAGCAGAGGAGAGGAAGUUGGAGACGGACAGACGCAGAGAGCAGUUGAGGGGACUCAUCCAGGGGCGAGAGCAGCCCCCAGAACUCAGGGUGGUCCUGCUGGGGAGCAGAAAUGCUGGAAAGAGUGCGUCUGGAAACACAAUCCUGGACCGCGAGGAGUUUGACUCUAAGAAAGGGACGUCAAAGUCUGUGGAGAAACAUGUCCAUGUUGAAGGGACAGCCAUAACCAUAGUCGACAUGCCGGGCUGGUGGAAAGGUUUCUCUGUCCACGACACAACCAAGCAUGGGAAGCAGGAAUUGAAAUGGAGUGUGUCUCUGUGUCGGCCAGGACCCCACGUCUUCCUACUGGUCAUCGACUCGGAUAUAGCGUUCACAGAGAGGCAUGGAGAAGCCGUGGAGGAACACCUUCAGCUCAUCGGCGGGCCUGUCUGGCGCCACACCAUGAUUUUAUUCUCCCGGGCUGAUUGGCUAGGAGCCAAAUCCAUCGAGCAGCACAUAGAGGGGGAAGGGAAGGCUCUUCAGGGGCUAGUGGAGAAGUGCGGGAACAGGUACCACGCUCUCGAUAACAAGAACAAGGACAACAAGGCCCAGGUGUCAGAGCUGCUCCAGAAGAUCAAGGAGAUGGUGGCGGGAAAUGGCGGGAGCUUCCAUGCGGUGGACGAGAAGGCUCUGCAGUCCAUAGAGGAGGGCAGGAAGGAGGUGGAAGAGAACGCCAAGAAGAGGAUGACAAAAGUCAAAGAACAGAGGAAGAGAUCCCAAGGAGAGUUAAUCUUUGGCAUGAGAGCCGCACCUGGUCAAGGGACAAACUAUUACCUUCCUGAGAUGAGGGUGGUCCUGAUGGGGCAGAAGUCAUCGGGGAAGAACGCGUCGGGGACCACCAUCCUGGGCCGAGAGGAGUUCCCCACCACUGAGUCUGUGCAAUGUGAGAAGGAGGAGGGCUGGGUUUUAGGGAGACGGCUCACAGUCAUAAACACCCCAGGCUGGCACGAUAAUCCAGCACAGUGCACCUUGGAGCAGGAUAAAGAGAUCAUGAAGGGACUGUCUCUCUGCCCCCCGGGACCCCAUGCCCUCCUGCUGGUCAUCCCCGUUGACGUGGCCUACACAGAGAGACACCAGAGGGCGCUGCAGGAUCAUCUGCGUUGUCUCGGGGAGGAGGUGUGGAGGCACACCCUCGUGCUGUUCACCUACGGGGACAGGCUGGGCGCGACGGCCUUGGAGGAGCACAUCGAGCGGGAGGGCUGGCCCCUCCAGUGGGUGGUGGAGAAGUGCGGUAACAGAUACCACCUCUUUGACAACAAGAGCAGUGGCUCCAGCAGUCAGGUGGCUGAGCUGCUGGAGAACAUAGAGGCGAUGGUGGCAGGAAAUGACGAGGAGCAGUUCUCCCCUGACAUGCGCCAGGUCCACCGUGAGGUGGAGAACACGUUCAAGAGGAAGGUAACUGAGGAAAUGAAGGUUUCCUUCAUGGAGGAAAUGAACAGAAGGGAACAAGAGUUUGAGGAGGAAUGGAGCAGGAGGGAGAAAGAACUCAUUGAGAAGUUCAGAGAGACACUUGAGAAAGACACAGACGAACGAAACUCAAAGGAAGGCAAAGUUCGGAAGGAGCAGAGACAAAAACAGGAGAUUACAAAAAUAAUCAAAGAUGUUACGGCAGAACUGGGCAAAAGGAAUUGGCAGGACCAGCAGACACUCCAGAUGAAGACCAGCCGAGACAACAAACCCCCAAAACUGGGCGGAGGGAAGGUCUCUCAGAAUAGCAGCUCAGACUUACGUUUACAGAUGAGGACCAGCAUUGAUAUUUACCCACCCAGCAUAGGUGGCAGCACUAGGCACAUGCAGACAGAGAACAGUGCAGACAGGCAGCAUGCCCUGAGGAGGAUGUCUUGGCCGUUCUCCACCUCUUCAACCACCUCAGUUGGACAGUAGGUGGCAGCACUGGGCACAUGCAGACAGAGAACAGUACAAACAGGCUGCAUGCCCUGAGGAGGAGGAAGAUGUGGUCGCCCUUCAUCUCUUCAGCCACAUCGAUUGGACAAGAUUCUGGAAUUCAUUCCAGAUUGGGUUCCUUCAGCACCUCCGAGUGCCAGGCCGAGAGAGACGCAUCACUUCCUCCCGGGACAGGAAGCAGGUAGCCAAGGCGGGACACCCAGCACGCGCCUCUCUCCAAAGGGGCGGGGCAGCUGGGGCAGUGCUUCUCAUUCUGCCCUUUAGGGAGCCUGGUGGCUAGCUUAGCUUGCUAGCCACCUGGGUGAGCUGUAGCUCCCUGCAGCAGGCCUUGGUGCACUGAUGGAGACCAUGGGACUGUGCAACCCCUGGUUCUGUGGCCGUAGCCUUUGGACCAGACUGCAGGAGGGACUAUGGGGUUUUGUAUCUGCGGACAUUUUAAAAAUAAUCCCAAAACGUGCAUUAUCACCGGCUCACUGGUGUUUUAAAAAGCACCUUUCAACUGACUUACAGUUACAGUGAGAAAAUAGACAGCAUGCCUGCUGCUUAUUAUAUGCUCGUCUUUAUGACAUCAUAUUAUUUAUUUUAUUUAUUAUUCUAGUUAUCAGUCUAUGAACAGUCUGAGUAGCCUUCGGAACAACUGAUUGCAUUAUGAACCUAAACACUGAUGGGUAUGAAUGUAUUUCUGGCCAUGAAUGUUCAUGAAUGCUCAAUGUUCAUGAAUUGCUGAUUACAUUGCAUUACAUUGGCAUUUGGCAGAUGCUCUUAUCCAGAGCGAUGUACAGUUGAUUAGACUAAGCAGGAGACAAUCCUCCCCUGGAGCAAUGCAGGGUUAAGGGCCUUGCUCAAGGGCCCAACGGCUACACGGAUCUUAUUGCAGCUACCUUGCGACCUUGCGUGUCCCAGUCAUUUACCUUAACAACUACGCUACAGGCCGCCCUGUGACUAUGUGAAAUCUAUGAUAAACCCAUAACAUGCCAGUGCUGAUGUACAUGAGGCUUGUUUCUACUGGGACUGGAGAGGAACAGGGGAUGGUGGGGGAGUGCAGGAUUUGUUGUGUACAAAAUAAAACAAACUUAAAAAAUGAAAGAAGAUGUCUUUAUUCUGUCGAGACCAAAGUCCACUUCACUGGCCAGCAGAAAAUGCCAUUUUAUACUGCUGCUACACCCAAUAUCAUACCUUUGUCUCAGUGACUCGUGUGGUAUUAGUGAAUGGUCUUCACACAAGCGUCCGUGAUGUGUAAUGCCUGAUUUCCUCCAUGAGUUGAAUGUUAGAGGUUUAUUUUUAAUUUGAAAGACAGCAUUAUGCCAUAUUGGUGUGAAUUUAUUUGGGAUUAGCCGAUGACCUCUGAUUUGGUUGAGUUUUCACGAAGCUGUCAGAGUCACGGCUAUUAAAGGUUUCAUUUUUUAAUUGUGUUUUCUAAUUGGCUUUGAGAGAAAUGGGAGAUCUAGUAGUGAUAGAUUUUUGGCAUUCAUAUUGUUCAAUGUCCAGCCAUGGGUGUUGUUUUUGUUGGUCUCCCUGUAUCCAAUUAUUAAUGUGUUGAAGAUGGGUGGUCAGAUGACAGACUUUUGGGCUGAUAACCCUACAUGGUCUUUGGGUUUCUGUCGUGUGGAUAGUUUACUAUAACUAUAGCAUUCAACAUACAAUAAAAAAUGCUGAAGUAGCAGGAAAUAUCAGGGAUAUGUAAAAGUAUUAAAUUAUUAAUAUCUGGCAUUAUCACUCAGGGCUGGUCAGCUUGCUGGCUGCCUCUGGUAUUGUGGCAAAAUGUGGCUGUAAAGUAAUUUAACCCAGGAGCAUGCACCAUUAACCCCCACUAUCUCCGCACCCAUACGGGCAGGAGCCUGUGGGGGAAGACUCAGGCCUCCAGCCGUAAAACUUGUUACGACGGGGCAACAUCCUUUACGGCACGGGAAGGUUUCAGAGGGCACGGCCUGUUGGGCCCAUUAUUCCCUUCGAACCCCCCUUUAUUGCUCUCUCCCUCUUUGCUCAGUCACUAAAUGAUGUGUACAGCACUGGAUGUUUCAUGACAAAGUCAGUUUAGAUAAUAUUCAUGUUUGGUAUUAUUCUGAUUGUUUCAGUGCGACUGGUGCAAUGGUUUUAUUUCUGCAACAGCAAACCCUGGACAUCAUAACCAACCAGGAGCCAGAGAAAAACUGUGUGGAGCUCUGCCCCAGUGAAAGCCAUGUGCCUCAACCCCCUGCGCUUCCUGGGGAGGCGUGGCUCCAAAUUACAGAUGGGUGACCCAUUUUUUCAAAGGCCAGAUUUCAGUAAUUUCUACGUACAGGGUGUCUGUAGCCAGACUCCCGUAUGUAGCUUUUAUUACCAGGUAUGACUUUUAAGACUCCUUAAUUUGGUUUCUGUUGUAAUGUUUUUUGAUUUGGAACUUGUAUGUAAUUACGUGUACGUAACCUGCCUGAUAAAAUAAAUUGUUAAAACUU